AUGGAGAGAGCUCGGCACCGGAAAUCUAAAAGCACUUCCGGCAUUGAAGGAAUUCUGCAGCAUCAGAAAGCUGCUCCAAGAUUGUCCGCGGACUCUCGUACUUACAUAGAUGGAUGCAAAAGGGAUGACUUGUUUAUGCUCGAGUUGGGGCAGAGCUCAUGGCGAGGUCCCACCGGAACACCAAUGAAGAAGCUCCUCGCAGAAGAAAUGUCCCGUGAAGUUGAGCCCAGGAGACGUCCGCCAAGUGUCGUUGCCCGAUUGAUGGGUCUCGAUGGCCUGCCUUCCCCUAGGCACAUCCACGGACAGCAGAAAAGGCUUUUGGAGGCUUACCAAGCGAAAUCGAGAAUCCUACAUUAUGAUGCCCAGACGAACAGAAGCCCACGGGACCCACCCGAGUUCAAGGACGUGUAUGAGGAUUUGGAGGCCGCCAGCCGCCGCCGGUGUUCCUCGAGGUGGAGCGCAAGCUCGAUCCUCACCAAGCCCGAGCUGGCCCUCAUCAGGCAAAAGCUUCGGGUCUCGGACGAGAUGGACCAUAUUCUGAAACAGCACUCGCAUCAUGAUUCUCCCAAAAACCGCAUAGCAGUUUUAAAGCCGUACAAAAGCAAAGGCAAGCACGCGAGACACUCCCCAAUCAAUUUGAGACGUGAAGACGGGCUUCUGCUCGAACGGCACCGCCACCCGACCCACAUUUCCCAUAGUCCAUCGAGGGCCCAAUCAGAGAAGGGGGACGAGGAAAAGGAUCUCCCCACAAGGAUUGUUGUCCUGAAGCCGAACCUUGGGAAGGUGCAAAAGCUGUCCAGCCUGCCGCUCGAUCUCGUGAAUAGGUCCCAAAGAAGGAAAGACUCAUCGAGUGGCGUGGGACCAUCCAGGCCGGUAUCUAAGGAGGCUCGGGAAAUAGCGAGAGAGAUCACGAUGCAGAUGAGGGACAGGUAUGACGAGACUAAUGACUGGAUUUGGGGUAGAGGGUAUGCAGGGGACGAGAGCUCGUAUGAGGCCAAUGAAAGUGAUUCCGAGAGUGAGUCUGAGGGGUUCCGGUUUUCCCGUGGAAAAUCUUAUGGAUACCCAUCUUUUGCGCAGGUCGAGUCAUCUGUGAAUAGGGAGGCCCAAAAAAGGCUGUCUGAGAGGUGGAAAAUGACUCACAGUUAUCGGGACAUGGAGGUGGUUAAUAUCAAGGGCAGCACGUUGGGGGAGAUGCUCGCGCUGCCCGAUCGGGAAGCGAAGCACAGCCGUAUAAAUGCGAAGACAACUCCUUCAGGUAUUAGUAGUAGGGAUGGGUGGACGGAUGAGAUCACCAGAAAUACAUGUAGGUCCAAAUCCCUUCCUCCAGGUGGCGGAGGAAGAAGGAGCCGUAAGAUGAGCUCAUAUCGUGAGAGUUUGGCAGGGGAAAAAGUUGUGAUGCGCUGUGAGACUGUAAAUUGUGGUAAAAGUGAGGUUGUAAAGAGAAAUGUACGUAAUAAGGAAGAUUAUCUGUCUAGAUACUCCAAAUCUCGGGGGAAGAAGCCACAUCCAUGUCAGGACAUGUUUAUUGGUGAGAUAGACACAUCAACAGAGGCAAAUAUUGAGAUUCAAAUGGAGGCAAAUAUUAAGGACAUAUCAGAACAGCAGAUCGCUUUUGAAAUGUCUGCAAAGGCAGACGCAUGUAGGAGUCCUAUGGUUGAUGUGGUUAUGAUUUCUGAACCUGUGAGCACACCUUUUUCUCCGGAACCUUCUACUUUAGUCCAGAAGCAGCCGUCUUCGGAACUGGACAAGGUACCAACCAAACCUUCCUCUCCUUCCUCACCUUGCACUGGAGCUGAGCUGGCAUCUUCCGAAUGCUCCAAAGAGGCCGAUCAUCCAAGCCCAACGUCAGUCCUUGAAGCCCCUUUUAUAGAGGACGCAUCAUCUGCCGAAAGCUUUGAAAGAGUCGGUGCUGAACUUCAGGAACUCCGAUUGCAACUACAGCUCCUCAAGAUGGAGUCGAGCACCGAUGCUGACAUGUCCACACAUUUCGCGAUCGAGGAAGAAGACGCUCAACCGUCCCACAUUGUUCCGGAAGAAAAUUACACAAAAGGUCCCGAAGGCUGGGAAGCUCAUUAUGCACUCGACGUGCUAAUUACCUCUGGGCUUCCUCAAGAGCUCGACUUUAGCAUGUUCAAAACAUCAUGGUACUCUCCAGACUGCCCUCUGGACCCGAAAUUAUUCGACACACUCGAGAAGAAAUACGGUGGUGAUGAUGAGACGAAAUGGGAAAGGAAGUUGCUUUUCGACAGGAUAAAUUUUGCACUAAAGCAAAUUUUCGUGGAGCACGUGGACCCGUGCCCAUGGGUCAUGCCGAAAUCGACGGGUUCGAAUCUAGUGAACUGGCGGGCCCGCGGGAUUAUUGUGGACUCUGUUGAUGAUAAAUUGAUCGACCAGUUGGAGCUGCCACAAGUCGAGAUGAUGUCGGAAAAGGCUGUGGAUCGGGAGAUGGGGUGGGCGGGCCCCAGGGGAGAAGUCGAGAUGGUUGGUAAUGAAAUCGAGAGGCUGUUGAUGGAUGACAUGGUGGCUGAGGUUAUUAUGUGUAUGUAG